UAAAUCUUGGUGCCAAUAAUGGAAGGAGCACUGGACACAGGACUGGGGAAGACUGGAUUUCAGUUUAUGAGAAGAUCUUUCUUCAUUGCCUUUGGCUGUCCAGUGUUGGGGGUCAGGAAACGGGACCUAAAAUACGUUGCUGUGACAUCCUGCACGAAGGAAGCAGCCUCGAGCCCUCCCCGCAGCCCUCCUGUCUCUCCCAAAGCGCAGGAUUACUUCUGUAACAGGAUCACCAGUUUGCUCCGCAAGGCACGAUGUCUCGAUCACGACAACCCCCGCUUGUGACCGGCAUCUCUCCAAAUGAAGGGAUACCAUGGACAAAGGUCACAAUCAGGGGAGAAAACCUGGGGACUGGCCCCACUGACCUCAUAGGCUUGACAAUUUGUGGACAUAAUUGCCUCCUGACGGCAGAAUGGAUGUCUGCAAGUAAAAUAGUAUGUCGAGUGGGACAAGCCAAAAAUGACAAAGGAGACAUUAUUGUCACCACUAAGUCAGGUGGCAGAGGAACCUCAACAGUCUCUUUCAAGCUUCUGAAACCUGAGAAAAUAGGCAUUUUGGAUCAGUCUGCUGUGUGGGUUGAUGAAAUGAAUUAUUAUGAUAUGCGUACUGACAGGAACAAAGGAAUUCCGCCCUUGUCCUUACGUCCUGCUAACCCGCUUGGCAUUGAGAUUGAAAAAAGUAAAUUUUCCCAGAAGGACUUAGAAAUGCUGUUCCAUGGAAUGAGUGCCGAUUUUACAAGUGAGAAUUUUUCAGCUGCCUGGUAUCUUAUAGAGAAUCACUCAAACACCAGUUUUGAGCAGCUCAAAAUGGCAGUCGCCAACCUCAAGAGACAGGCUAACAAGAAGAGCGAGGGCAGCCUGGCCUAUGUGAAAGGUGGUCUCAGUACAUUCUUUGAGGCACAGGAUGCCCUCUCAGAUGUGACUAAUUCUAUAAAUGCCACCCACUGUGUGUUCACUUUGGAAAGGCUGAUGACAGGAUACCAGUCUCUUCAGCGCUUCUCGCCCAGGCCCCCACACAUGCACGCAGCCAUCCAUCAAAAACUAGAAGCAGAUGGAACGGAAAAAGUAGAAGGAUCCAUGACGCAGAAACUGGAGAAUGUUCUGAACAGAGCAAGUAAUACUGCGGACACGUUGUUUCAAGAAGUGUUAGGUCGGAAAGACAAGGCAGACUCCACUAGAAAUGCACUCAAUGUGCUUCAGCGGUUUAAGCUUCUUUUCAACCUUCCUCUAAAUAUCGAAAGGAAUAUUCAAAAGGGUGAUUAUGAUGUGGUUAUUAAUGAUUAUGAAAAGGCCAAGUCACUUUUUGGGAAAACGGAGGUGCAAGUUUUCAAGAAAUAUUAUGCUGAAGUAGAAACAAGGAUUGAAGCUUUAAGAGAAUUACUUCUGGAUAAAUUGCUUGAGACACCAUCAAGCUUACAUGACCAGAAGCGUCACAUAAGGUACCUGUCUGACCUUCACACCCCUGGUGACCCUGCGUGGCAGUGCAUCGGAGCCCAGCACAAGUGGAUCCUUCAGCUCAUGCACAGCUGCAAAGAGGGCUAUGUGAAAGAUCUGAAAGCUAACCCAGGCCUGCACAGCCCCAUGUUGGAUCUCGAUAAUGACACACGUCCCUCAGUGUUGGGCCAUCUCAGUCAGACAGCGUCCCUGAAGAGGCGCAGCAGCUUUCAGUCUGGUCGAGACGACACGUGGAGAUACAAAACUCCCCACAGGGUGGCCUUUGUUGAAAAAUUGACCAAACUCGUCUUGAGCCAGCUGCCUAACUUCUGGAAGCUCUGGAUCUCCUACGUUAACGGAAGCCUCUUCAGUGAGACUGCUGAGAAGUCAGGUCAGGUUGAAAGAUCAAAGAACGUGAGGCAAAGACAGAAUGAUUUGAAGAAAAUGAUUCAGGAAGCCAUGCACUCCCUGGUGAAGCUGGCCCGUGGAGCCCUGCUGCCCCUCAGCAUCCGGGAUGGGGAAGCCAAGCAGUACGGAGGCUGGGAGGUGAAGGGCGAGCUCUCCGGGCAGUGGCUCGCUCACGCCGUCCAGACCGUAAGACUUACUCAUGAAUCGUUGACUGCCCUUGAAAUUCCUAAUGACCUGUUACAGACCAUCCAGGAUCUCAUUUUGGAUCUCCGAGUACGUUGCGUAAUGGUCACGUUGCAGCACACGGCGGAAGAAAUAAAGAGAUUAGCUGAAAAAGAAGACUGGAUUGUUGAUAAUGAAGGACUGACUUCUCUACCAUGUCAGUUUGAACAGUGCAUCGUGUGUUCUCUGCAGUCGCUGAAGGGGGUCCUGGAGUGUAAGCCGGGAGAGGCCAGUGUCUUUCAACAACCUAAAACACAGGAGGAGGUUUGCCAACUAAGCAUUAAUAUAAUGCAGGUUUUUAUAUACUGUCUGGAACAGUUGAGCACCAAGCCUGAUGCAGAUAUAGAUACUACACAUCUCUCUGUGGAUGUUUCUUCCCCUGAUUUGUUUGGAAGUAUCCAUGAAGACUUCAGCUUGACCUCUGAACAGCGCCUUUUGAUAGUCCUAAGUAAUUGCUGCUUUCUAGAACGUCACACCUUCCUAAAUAUCGCGGAACAUUUUGAAAAGCACAACUUCCAGGGAAUAGAAAAAAUAACACAGGUUAGCAUGGCCUCACUGAAAGAACUAGAUCAAAGGCUCUUUGAAAACUACAUCGAGUUGAAAGCAGAUCCCAUCGUUGGCUCCCUAGAACCUGGAAUUUAUGCAGGAUAUUUUGAUUGGAAAGACUGCCUGCCUCCAACAGGUGUCAGAAACUAUUUAAAAGAAGCACUGGUGAAUAUAAUUGCCGUGCAUGCAGAGGUGUUCACUGUUUCCAAAGAGCUGGUCCCUCGGGUGCUCUCCAAGGUGGUGGAAGCAGUUUCUGAAGAGCUCAGCCGACUGAUGCAGUGUGUCUCCUCCUUCAGCAGAAACGGAGCUUUACAGGCAAGACUUGAAAUCUGUGCUUUGAGGGACACUGUGGCUGUUUACCUGACACCCGAAAGCAAGUCAAGUUUUAAGCAGGCCUUGGAAGCCCUGCCCCAGCUCUCCAGUGGAGCAGAUAAAAAGUUACUGGAAGAGCUCCUGAACAAGUUCAAGAGUAGCAUGCACUUGCAGCUCACCUGUUUCCAAGCAGCUUCUUCAACCAUGAUGAAAACAUAAAUACCUGCCAAAUAAAGGAAGUCCAGGAAAAUAACAAGUAAUAAGACUGUUCACUUUCUAAGUACCCUAAAGGUAUUUGGUGUAUUAAACAUUGGGUUUGCCAUUUCUCUCUCUUUUUUCCUUCCUCUGAUUUCGAAAAUUGUUGGUAUACACUUCAACUAAAAUGACCUCAUUUGAAAUGCCCAAGAAGUAUUUGUUUUGCCAUUCUUACUAGAUCAGAUCCUGUAUGACUUUAAAAUACAUUUUAAAAUAUACUUUGCAUCUCAGCAGAAGGUUGAGUGCAGCAGGAAGAGCUGCUUCUGGAGGGAAUGUUCUGGAAUGGCAUGGUACAUAUUGAAGCAUUUCUCAGUGUCCCAUUCACGAAAGUGCAGGCAGCUCCCGUGACACAUGGAGAGACUGAUUGAUAAGAAGAGAUUUGGAAAGUUAUAUGCAGACAUCUUUGGAGCUCUUACUGUCCUAACCUGUGCAGCUGUGCUUAAAACCCUUAUUUCAUAUAAAUGGCCUUAAGUUUUCUAAUUCAAGCAGAUUUUUGGAAAAAUUUGUGGUCUCCAUUAAAAUAAAUAUUACAACUGGGGUAGAUUAUUUGUGGUCCAGGUGUCUGUGAUUUAACUUGGCAUUUCGCUAUCUGAUUUUUAUUUUUCACAGGACUAAGCAUUAGCAGUUUUCAUUCUCACUCGCUCUUAAUUUAUGUGCGUCACUUCACAUCCACGUGUUGCAGUCCCUGAGGCCCUGUGUGUUGUCUGUGAUGGGGUGUGAGUGCCGGUCACUGGGUUACACUCACAGGUGCUGGCGGGGCAGCCGCAGACUUCAGGGUCCCCUAAAGGAAAGGCCAGGCUCCCCAUGGACGGCCGACUCCCUGCCCACCGCUGCCCCCUCCUUCAGCAGGUGACCUUUUCUGUGCCACCUCUUACCCAGCGAAGGAUCUUGCUCAGUAGCUGGAAGAAUGCUCCUCUCACACAGUCUCUUCUCGGAAACUUCAGGAUGCUCCUUGGUCACCAGGCAGUGGGAGCUGUAGACCAGCCGCAUGCACUUGCCCCACGUUCACUGCUGACUGGCUUUACUGGAACAGGUUCAGGUCACAGUGACUUCUCUCACAGUCAGCCGCCCGCCCAACGUCAUCACACCGUUGCAUCUGAAAACUGAGGAAUUCUCUACUUGUAGUCGGCUUGACAGGGUUUUCAAAAUUGUCUAAGGUUAUUUUAAAGUCUCCUUUUUUAAAUGCUAAAAUUAAUGUCCUCAUUAAUGCAAGUAAUUUUAGAGCACAGUGUAGCCAUGUAUAGUUUCCAUUAUUUAAAAUAAAUAAAUGUGUUGGUUCAUUUGGUGUAUGGGGGAAUCGUAGUAACUGGAAAUGAAAGUUCGAUCUUUUACAAAUGUGCUUGAUAAAGCUGUUAAUACACAGAAUAUUGUCUUUCCUAAGUCUGUUAACUGUUGUCUAUAACUCAACUAUGAGCUAAAUUUAAAAACUGCGACCAUGAAUGUUUGUGUUGUUUUAAAUAUCUAGUGCAGCACAUUCAGCCAAUAAAGAAUCUGCCUUUAAUCUAA